AUGGCACAUCCCUCCCAACUAGGUUUUCAAGAUGCAGCUUCACCCGUUAUAGAAGAACUCCUUCACUUCCAUGAUCACACCCUUAUAAUUGUGUUUCUCAUCAGCACCCUAGUUCUUUACAUUAUUGUAGCCAUGGUGACUACAAAGCUAACAGACAAACUCAUCCUAGACUCCCAAGUGAUCGAAAUUAUUUGAACCCUUCUCCCAGCAAUAAUCCUCAUCCUCAUCGCCCUCCCAUCCCUCCGCAUUCUUUAUCUAAUAGAUGAAAUCAACGACCCCCACUUAACAAUUAAAGCAAUGGGCCAUCAAUGAUACUGAAGCUAUGAAUAUACAGACUAUGAAGACUUAGGCUUCGACUCUUAUAUAAUCCCAACACAAGACCUUGCCCCUGGCCAAUUUCGACUCUUAGAAACAGAUCACCGUAUGGUGGUCCCCCUGAAUUCCCCCACCCGCAUCCUAAUUUCUGCUGACGAUGUUCUCCACUCCUGGGCAGUUCCAUCCCUCGGGAUUAAAAUAGAUGCAGUCCCAGGACGAUUAAACCAAACAGCCUUUAUUACCUCACGCCCCGGGGUAUUUUUUGGUCAGUGCUCAGAAAUUUGCGGAGCCAACCACAGCUUUAUACCCAUUGUAGUAGAAGCAGUACCCCUUGAACACUUUGAAAACUGAUCCUCAAUAAUGCUCCAAGAUACUU